AGCGGUUUCCCGCCGGGGCGAUUUGGCAGGUGCGCGCCGUGACUUCCGGCGUUGCCCGGGAGCCGCUGGAGGAGGAGCGGCGCAGGGGAUGCGGCCGUGGUGGUGGCGGCGGCGGCCGAGCGCGGGAGGCGGCGGCUGCGGGCGCGGGCCGGCAAUGGCGCGGCGGCGCUGAGGGCGCGGGGUGGGCGGCGGCCGGAGGGCGGGCGGCGCGGGAGGAAGUGGCGGUGGUGGCCCCAUGGCCCAGGCGCGCUGAGGGUCUCGGCUCUAGCUUCAGCCCGGCGGCGGCCGAACAAUGAAGCUCCUGAAGCCAACCUGGGUCAACCACAAUGGCAAGCCGAUAUUUUCAGUUGAUAUUCAUCCUGACGGGACCAAGUUUGCAACUGGAGGACAAGGGCAGGAUUCUGGGAAGGUUGUGAUCUGGAAUAUGUCUCCAGUCCUCCAGGAGGAUGACGAGAAGGAUGAAAAUAUUCCCAAGAUGCUUUGCCAGAUGGACAAUCAUUUAGCAUGUGUGAACUGUGUGCGGUGGUCAAACAGUGGGAUGUAUUUAGCUUCUGGGGGAGAUGACAAACUGAUUAUGGUGUGGAAGCGGGCUACGUACAUCGGGCCCAGCACUGUGUUUGGUUCCAGUGGUAAACUUGCCAAUGUGGAGCAGUGGCGGUGUGUUUCCAUCCUUCGGAGUCAUUCAGGUGAUGUCAUGGAUGUAGCAUGGUCUCCACAUGAUGCCUGGCUAGCCUCAUGCAGCGUGGAUAACACUGUCGUCAUUUGGAAUGCCGUGAAGUUCCCAGAAAUUCUUGCUACUCUGAGAGGUCAUUCUGGCUUGGUGAAAGGGUUGACUUGGGACCCUGUUGGUAAAUACAUUGCCUCUCAAGCUGAUGAUCGAAGCUUGAAGGUAUGGAGGACGUUGGACUGGCAGUUAGAGACCAGCAUCACUAAACCUUUUGAUGAGUGUGGAGGGACAACCCAUGUGCUGCGGCUUAGUUGGUCACCUGAUGGCCAUUACCUGGUAUCUGCCCAUGCCAUGAAUAACUCUGGCCCCACCGCUCAGAUCAUUGAACGAGAGGGCUGGAAGACCAACAUGGACUUCGUAGGGCACCGGAAAGCUGUGACUGUUGUGAAAUUCAACCCAAAAAUCUUUAAAAAGAAGCAGAAGAAUGGGAGUUCUGCGAAGCCUAGCUGCCCAUACUGCUGCUGUGCCGUAGGCAGCAAGGACCGCUCACUUUCUGUCUGGCUCACUUGUUUGAAACGGCCUCUGGUUGUCAUCCAUGAACUCUUUGACAAAUCCAUCAUGGAUAUUUCCUGGACUCUGAAUGGGCUGGGCAUCCUUGUGUGCUCCAUGGAUGGCUCUGUGGCAUUCCUCGACUUCUCCCAGGAUGAGCUUGGAGACCCUCUGAGUGAGGAGGAGAAGAGCCGUAUUCACCAGUCCACCUAUGGCAAGAGUCUGGCCAUCAUGACUGAGGCCCAGCUUUCUACAGCUGUCAUCGAGAACCCUGAGAUGCUCAAGUACCAACGGAGGCAGCAGCAGCAGCAGCAACAGCAGCAGCUGGACCAGAAGAAUGGCACGGCUAGGGAAACAGGCUCAGCGUCCUCAGUCACGGGUGUUGUCAAUGGGGAAAGUCUGGAAGAUAUCAGAAAGAAUCUUUUGAAGAAACAAGUGGAAACUCGGACAGCAGAUGGUCGGAGGAGAAUCACACCUCUCUGCAUAGCACAGCUGGACACUGGGGACUUCUCCACGGCGUUCUUCAACAGCAUCCCACUCUCGGGCUCCCUGGCAGGCACCAUGCUCUCCUCUCCUAGCGGUCAGCAGCUACUGCCACUGGACUCCAGUACCCCCUCCUUCAGCACCUCGAAGCCUUGCACAGAGCCAGGGGCAGCCACUGGUGCCAGGCCUACAGGCGAGUCUGUCAGUAAGGACAGUAUGAAUGCUACCUCUACUCCUGCUGCAUCGUCACCCUCCGUGUUAACAACCCCAUCCAAGAUUGAACCUAUGAAAGCAUUUGACUCCCGAUUUACAGAGCGGUCCAAAGCCACACCAGGUGCUCCUUCCCUGACUAGUGUGACUCCAACAGCUGUGGAAAGGUUGAAAGAGCAGAACCUCGUGAAAGAGCUGCGGCCCCGGGACCUCCUGGAGAGUAGCAGUGACAGUGAUGAGAAGGUCCAUUUGGCCAAGCCUUCUUCACUGUCCAAGCGGAAACUUGAGCUUGAGGUGGAGACAGUGGAAAAGAAGAAGAAAGGUCGCCCCCGGAAAGACUCUCGUCUCUUACCCAUGUCUCUGUCUGUCCAGUCUCCAGCUGCCCUGUCUGCAGAGAAGGAGGCCAUGUGUCUGUCUGCACCAGCACUUGCAUUGAAGCUGCCGAUUCCAGGCCCCCAGAGAGCAUUCACCCUCCAGGUGAGCUCUGACCCCUCCAUGUACAUCGAGGUGGAAAAUGAAGUGACGGCUGUUGGGGGGAUAAGGCUGAGCCGCCUGAAGUGCAACCGGGAAGGGAAGGAGUGGGAGACGGUACUCACCAGCCGUGUCCUCACUGCCGCUGGCAGCUGGCAGGUGGCAUGUCCCAGCGGGGGUCCAAGGAUAUCAGCACACGCUGCUGUAGCGACACAUCUGUUGGAACCGGGGCCUCUCCUGUACAGUCUCACACAUCCAGGCCCAACCUACAGACCUGCUCCCUGCCCAGUGCUGCGGCCCAGUGACGUGGUAUGUGUUGCCUGUGAAAAGAGGAUGCUGUCGGUGUUCUCCACCUGUGGUCGCCGUCUCCUCCCUCCCAUCCUCCUUCCAUCUCCAAUCUCUACUUUGCACUGCACGGGCCCCUACGUCAUGGCACUCACCGCUGCGGCCACACUGUCUGUCUGGGAUGUUCACAGGCAGGUGGUUGUGGUGAAAGAAGAGUCUCUACACUCCAUCUUGGCAGGUAACCCCUGUGGAAGUGAUAUGACAGUGUCACAGAUCUUGCUAACACAGCAUGGAAUCCCAGUGAUGAACUUGUCUGAUGGGAAAGCAUAUUGUUUUAAUCCGUCACUCUCUACAUGGAACUUGGUUUCUGACAAACAGGAUUCAUUGGCUCAGUGUGCAGACUUUAGGAACAGCCUGCCAUCCCAGGACGCCAUGCUGUGCUCAGGACCAUUAGCCAUAAUCCAGGGCCGCACCUCCAACUCUGGAAGGCAAGCUGCCCGGCUCUUCUCUGUGCCUCAUGUGGUACAGCAGGAGACCACACUGGCCUACCUAGAGAACCAGGUUGCAGCAGCACUUAUCCUGCAAUCAAGCCACGAAUACCGCCACUGGCUCCUCCUCUAUGCUCGGUACCUUGUAAAUGAAGGAUUUGAAUACCGACUCCGAGAAAUAUGCAAGGACUUACUAGGUCCAGUUCACUGCUCCACUGGAAGCCAGUGGGAGUCAACAGUAGUGUCUUCCUCUGAAGUGCAUGUGGGAGCUGAGCCUCUAGCCAAGAGCUGGGAUGUACCUGAGAACCAGACUAAUGAAAAUGCUGUGCCCAGGAUUUUGUGCAGGCCCAGGGUCUGCGGAAGAGGGAGCUGCUGAAGGAACUGCUGCCAGUCAUCGGGCAGAACCUUCGCUUCCAGCGCCUCUUUACUGAGUGCCAGGAACAGCUUGACAUCCUGAGGGAUAAGUAGCCUGUGCUGGCUUGCCCUGGCUGCAGCAAUGGCAGGGCCACACUCUUGCCACUGGCAGGUGUCCAGUGCUAGCCCCCACUUGUCAGGGCGAUAGUGGGAGGAGAGACUUUGCAGAAGAUGUGUUGUCCUGUACUAGCACCAGCCCAGUUCCCUGGGUGGACAUGCCCUGUGUCCCGGCCCAAGAUUGCUCUAGAAGUGGGCAGCUCGUCUCUCCCUCCAGGCUCCACCCUGGACCUGGGGCUGGAACUGGGGCUCUGCCUGGCUGCAUGGGGCCAGUAAGGAGCCUGAGCCUGUUUCCUCCAGCUUGGCCCCAAGAUGGACACUGGCCCCUGCUACUGUGGGUGCUGUGCUGCUUCAGCUAUGAUGAAUGAGCCAUUUCUAAGAGCGAGAAUCUGGAAAUGUUAGGUAUUAUGCAGUCAGCAGACUGACCUGAAGCCUGUGUAAAAGGAAAGCUGUUCCGACACAUGGACUAUUUUUGUACUAGAAUUUGCUAACUUGUAAUAUGGACUUUUCUUUUGGUCAAUAAUCAGGAUAUCCCUAUAAGUUACUUGGACAUUGGUCACUUGUAGGAAAUUUAAACUCUAAUUAUGACAGCUACACUGAAAAAUAAUUGUACUGAAAUUAACUUGUCUAUCCUCAUUUGGUUUAAUUUUUAAAUGUUUGUAAAAAGCAACACUUGGGGAGGAAUGGGUCAACGGGGAGGGCAAUUUCUUUUCUAAGUGUAAAAUAAAUGAACAUGCAUUGGAUACCAAA